AUGCGCGAUACACCGGUUACAAAACGUAAACGUAGUGGUUCAACUUUAACCAACGUUGAGACCGAAGAUGAAAUUGAGCAAUCUCCUUCAGUUCGGCGUCGGCGCGUUAGUUCUAGUUCGCUAUCCGAAGAUAAACCCCAAGUUUCACCUGUUACAUCCAAUAACAAUG